AUGUCGCGAACAAAGGUUUUGUUGGUUGGUGCCGCUGGUGAGACAGGCGGCUCUAUCGCAAACGGACUCUUGGAGAACCCAACCUAUGAAGUACACGCUCUGGUUCGCCCUCGGUCGGUCCAGAAACCCGCCAUCGUCUCUCUCCAGGAGCGAGGAGUUCAGAUUCGCCGGUGCGAUUUGCGAGGCUCCGAGGAAACCCUCACCGAUGUCCUCACCGGCAUUGAUGUCGUGAUCAGUUGCGUCGGUCCGGCCGAGCAACAGGAUCAAAUCAGCCUGGCCAAAGCGGCAAAGAAGGCCGGCGUGCGGCGAUUCGUGCCCUGUGCUUUCAUCACGGUGGCACCACCAGGAGGUAUCAUGUGGCUAAGAGAUGAGAAAGAGACGGUUUACAACCACAUCAAGCAACUUCAACUCCCCUACACCAUCAUCGACGUCGGCUGGUGGUACCAACUCUCCUACCCUCGCCUCGAAUCGGGCAGAGCCGACUAUGCCAUGACCUCCGCCAACAACGAGAUUGUCGGCGAUGGCAACACCCCCCUUGCUUUGACCGAUUUGAGAGACAUUGGACGCUACGUGGCUCUCAUCAUCUCCGACGACCGCACGUUAAAUAAGAUGGUCCUGGCCUACAACACCGUGGUCACCCAAAACCAGAUUUACGACAUGCUGGAGGAAAUCAGCGAGGAGAAAAUCCAGAGAAACUACAUCCCCGAAGAAACCGUGUACACCCGCGUUCUGGCGGCUCGACAGUCCAGCGAGACCUAUCCUUACGACCCCGUCAAGUUCAUCCCUCGAUACCUGGCCGAGUACCAACUGUCCUGGGGCAUUCGCGGCGACAACAACCCGGAGUACGCCAAAUAUCUCGGCUACAUCACUUCGAAGGAGCUGUAUCCUGAAUUCAAGCCGACCCAAUUCGGAGAAUACCUGGAAUCCGUCGUUCGGGGCACCGCCCGGGGAGUGUACCAGGACCGCUACAUUUCCAAGGCCCACCAGCGCCAGUUCCCGCGUACCGAAUCGAGCGACUCCCUGUACACGAGGAUAUUCCCCCGCACCGAGUCGAGCGAUUCUCUCUACAUGUCCCGAUAG